CCUUGUAUGACAGGCUGUUUUAGGUAAGAAAGGUGUGUGUUCAUCCAUUGCCAUGUCAGUCGUGCUGCUUUUUCAGAGCAAACCUCAUUGGCAUCAUCUUUGCAGAAACGGCCUCUGGCUUCUGCCUUUAUCCAUCCUGUGAUGACAAAGAAGCAGAGGAUUGACCAAGAGCCCCAUGAUAUCCAGCCAGCAGCUGGUGGCCGCUCUCCUUCUUCCUUGGACCUGCCUUCCACAUCCUGCUCAACUUUGAACCUGGCUCCAAGUGUCAGCUCCAUUUCCACCUCCACCCGUCAGCUACAAGAGAAAGAUAAAAUUCGGACUCCAUCUGGAAUUCCAGCGCCUGUCAGGGUGCAGGGGAAGAUUCCCAGCUCCAAAGGAGAAAAAGCAGUGGUCAGAGGAGCCCAGCAAAGCAAUUCAGGUCCCGUGCCUGAGAAGAAGAGGAAGAUGUCUGUGAGACUUGCAGACAUUGACUGGAGCGGUUGCGCUGCUGUUUACGGCCGACCCUACAGGGACAGGGUGAUUAAUUUACUUGCUCUGAGGGAUUACAAGGAGCCAGAGUUACUUGCUCGGCUGCAGAGAGAUGGAGUCAGGCAAAAGGACAAGGAUUCCCUUGGAAAAAUCCUUCAGGAGGUGAGAUCGUGGAGCUUGUACCAGCACUUCUUCCAUCAUGCUACUCUGCCAUUCAUAAUUUUACUACUUCCACACUGUCAUGGUUUGACACUGCUGAACUCUUCUUCCCCGCGGUGA